AUGGCCAACAGCAGCUCUGUGACUGAGUUCCUCCUGCUGGCAUUCACAGACACCCAGGAUUUGCAGCUCCUGCACUUCGCGCUCUUCCUGGGCAUCUACCUGGCUGCCCUCCUGGGCAAUGGCCUCAUCCUCACAGCCAUAGCCUGUGACCACCACCUCCACACCCCCAUGUACUUCUUCCUUCUCAACCUCGCCCUCCUCGACCUUGGAUCCAUCUCCACCACUCUGCCCAAAGCCAUGGCCAAUGCCCUCUGGAACACCAGGGCCAUCUCCUAUCAAGGGUGUGCUGCUCAAAUCCUUUUUUUAGUCUUAUUUUUUGAUGCAGAGUAUUCCCUUCUCACUGUCAUGGCCUAUGACCGCUAUGUUGCCAUCUGCAAGCCCCUGUACUACGAGAACCUCCUGGGCAGCAGAGCUUGUGCCAAGAUGGCAGCAGCUGCCUGGGGCAGUGGCUUUCUCAAUGCUGUCCUGCACACUGCCACUACAUUUUCCCUGCCCCUCUGUCAAGGCAAUGCAGUGGACCAGUUCUUCUGUGAAAUCCCCCACAUCCUCAAGCUCUCCUGCUCAGAUGCCUACCUCAGAGAAGUUGGGGCGCUUGUGUUUAGUGUUUCUUUAGUAUGUGGUUGUUUUGUUUUCAUUUUGAUAUCCUAUGUACAGAUUUUCAGGGCAGUGCUGAGGAUAUCCUCUGAGCAGGGCCGGCACAAAGCCUUUUCCACGUGCCUCCCUCAUCUGGCUGUCAUCUCCCUGUUUCUUAGCACUGGCAUAUUUGCCUACCUGAAGCCUCCCUCCAUAUCGUCCCCAUCCCUGGAUCUGGUGGUGUCAUUUCUGUACUCAGUGGUGCCUCCAGCAGUGAACCCCCUCAUCUAUAGCAUGAGGAACCAGGAGCUCAAGCGUGCAGUGAGGAAACUAUUUGAAUACAUCAUUCUUCAGCAUUGAUAAUGUGCAUAUAAUACUGACAGGACACACAGGAUUUCUGAAAAAUACGCCUAGUGCAAAGACUUGUAAGUAAUUUUCUUUAUUAUUA